CGCCGCGCUUCGCGGUGCAGCUGCGCCUGCUGAGCGAGGAGCAGCUGGCGCAGGGGCCACUCGUGCUCCGCGCCGGGGCCAAGGCGCUCCGCCUGCAGCUGCAGCCGCGAGACGGAGAAGCCGAGCUGGCCGUGACCGACGCUGAUGGCGUUUGUGUGUUUAAAUGCUUGGUUAACAAGGAUACUGAAUAUUGCCGUGUGGGAAAAGAGUCCAUCUUGAUUUCGCUCGGGUAUAACAAUGCCUUACUUCAAUUCAGGUCCCAUUCUGAAUAUAGCAUGUUUUCAAAUGUGCUGAAGAACUGCAGGAAUUGGAAUAAGGAGCACUCUGUGUUCAAUCAGAGAACCGAAGAAUCCUCUGCAGCUCAAUAUUUUCAGGUAGAGGUCCAUUGCAUCACAAACCUAGAAGAGUUUUAUGGCUGCUUAUCCCAGCAACAGAACAUGAUGCAGGAUUUUGUGAGGACGGCCACAUAUCACAGAGCAAUACUACAGAACCAUAUAGAUUUUAAAGAUAAGGUGAUCCUAGAUGUUGGCUGUGGGUCCGGAAUCCUGUCGUUUUUUGCUGUGCAGGCUGGGGCGAGAAAAGUCUAUGCAGUGGAAGCCAGCUCUGUGGCCAAAUAUGCUGAGAUUCUAGUACAAAGUAACAAUCUCUCUGAUAAGAUCAGCGUUUUGACGGGGAAAAUUGAGGAAAUCUCCCUGCCUGAGAAUGUCGACGUCAUUGUUUCUGAGCCAAUGGGUUAUAUGCUGUUCAACGAGAGAAUGCUGGAAAGUUACCUCCACUCCAAGAAGUGGCUGAAGUCAAAUGGAAUGAUGUUUCCAACAUUUAGUGACAUUCAUUUGGCUCCUUUUUCCGAUGAACAGCUCUACAUGGAACACUACUCCAGAGCCAAUUUUUGGUACCAGCAGUGUUUUUAUGGAGUCAAUCUGUCCAGUCUCCGCAAUGCAGCUGUAGAUGAAUACUUUAGGCAACCUAUUGUAGAUACAUUUGACAUAAGAAUUUUAAUGGCCCGGACAGUGAAGUACACGGUCAAUUUUACAGACGCAGAAGAAGAAGAUUUACAUAGAGUGGAAAUCCCCUUUGUUUUCCAAAUGAUGCAGUCUGGGCUAAUCCAUGGUUUGGCCUUCUGGUUUGAUGUGGCAUUUGUCGGCUCGCUGGUGACUGUUUGGCUCUCAACUGCCCCCACGGAGCCUCUGACUCACUGGUAUCAAGUCCGCUGCCUUCUCCAAACUCCUCUCUUUGCCAAAGAAGGGGAAACUCUUUCAGGGAAAGUCCUGUUUGUGGCGAAUAAAAGGCAGAGUUACGACAUCCAAAUUGUUGCUGUAGUGGAUGAAACGGGCUUUAAAUCAGGCAAUGUCCUUGAUCUAAAGAAUCCAUUUUUUAGAUAUGCUUAGAUUGCGAUAUGCACCUGCUGGAA